AUGAAAUUGAUAAACCUCUAUCAAGCAUUGUCGCUGGUUAUGGGCUACCAAUUGGCCUUAGCCAUGGCAGCGUCUGAAGCCUUCACAAAUUCCACAUCCAAAAAUUCGCUUUCCGCUUCAGGUGUAUUUUCUAACAGUUCAAGCUCAAUUUCGUCAAGUACCAUAUCUUCCUCCCUCUCAAAGACCGGCAGUUCAAGUAUUUUGUCAACCAUCACAUCUUCCGCUUUGAGCUCCACUGAGGGAAAGUCAUCCUCAGCUUCUAUUGGCUCCGCAUCUUACAUAUUUUCCAACUCCUCUUCGAUUGUCGGUUCAAGCACGCUAAGCUCUGCUGUUUCCAGCUCAAGUGCUGCCUCCAGUUCUUCUGCCGUCUCUGGCUCCUCUGCUGCUUCAAGCUCAAGCGCUGUCUCUAGCUCCUCUGCUGUCUCCAGCUCCUCUGCUGCUUCAAGCUCAAGCGCUGUCUCCAGCUCCUCUGCUGUUUCCAGCUCAAGUGCCGCCUCCAGUUCUUCUGCCGUCUCUAGCUCAAGCGCUGUCUCUAGCUCCUCUGCUGUUUCCAGCUCAUCCGCUGUCUCCAGCUCAUCCGCUGUCUCCAGCUCCUCUGCUGCCUCUAGCUCCUCUGCUGUCUCAAGCUAUGCUGCUGUCUCAAGCUCUGCUGCUGUUACCAAUUUGGUUGCUGCCUCAAGCUCUUUCCCAACUUCUAGUGAAUCAGCCUCUUAUUCAUUCUCCAACUCAUCUUCUGCUGCCUCUAGCUCCUCUUCUGUGUCGAGCUCAAGUGCUGUCUCUAGCUCCUCUGCUGUCUCCAGCUCUUCUGCUGCUGCAAGCUCAAGUGCUGCCUCUAGCUCUUCUGCCAUCUCAAGCUCAGCUGCCUCUGCCUUGGACGCUCAGUCAUUGAGUAGAACAACUUCAGCUACAGCCUAUUCUUCUACUGUAAGCUCCUCAUUCCUUGGAUACACUAAUUCAACAGAGUCAUCGACCGCUGCUCAGUCAUCGACUGUUUCGGUACCAGCUUCUAGCACCUCCCCUGUAAGUUCUUCUGUCCUCUCAGAAAGCAUACCAGCUUCAGAAUCCACUGGAUCAGCGUUAGAUGCAGUCUCUGCAAAUAGGGCAAGCUCUUUCGCAGAUUACGUAUCUUCCUCUUCCAACGUUUUGAGCUCCUCAACACCUGUCUCCAAUGCCAUUACCUCCUCCAAUCCUCAAGCUGUUUCAAGCUCAAACCCAGGAAACAAUGUUAUCUCAAGUACAGCAGUUACUACAGCAAGUUCAGACGUUACAAGUGCCAACGGUUCUCUGAUCUCUGGAGCAUCGGAUAUUGCCGGCAUGGAUGAAAGCAGAACUGUUUCCGCUUCUACUAUCACUUCCGCUGCUGAUGACGUUUACGCCACUGUUACCGCCACCGAAACUAACGUGGAGACUGUAACUUGUACUGACACAUCCUGCGAGAACAUUGCUCCAACAUCCACUUCCGCUGCUGAUGACGUUUACGCCACUGUUACUGCCACCGAAACUAACGUGGAGACUGUAACUUGUACAGAAUCAUCUUGCACAAAUGUUGCUAGUAUACUCCACGGCGAAACAGGAACUGCGGGUCAAGAUUCCUCUAACACCAAUACCCAAUCAACUGCCAGUUUGGAGGGUCAAGCCGUCUCUUCAUCUAAGCAAGAGUCAGUUGCCACAAACGGCGCUUCCAUAUCCACUAAUACAGCCGCUCAAGCUACUAUUGUCACUUCUUCUGGUGAAACUACCAUUGUAACUUCUACUACUUCCAUAAACAUGUCCAAUGAAAGUGGCGCUUUAUCCAAUACAGAAACUAUGGCUACCUCUGAGACCGCAUCUGUAACUAUAGCUACGGGUGCAGCCCCAGCAUUAAAUGUUCAUGGUCAUUUACUCGCUACCUUUUUCAUUCUUUUAUCUAUAAUUUUCUGA